AUGGAAAAUAGGCAGAAUUAUCGUCGGCUGCAACUCGGCGUUGGGAAUGAUCUUGAGACUGGAUUUCAAACCCUCUCGUUUCUCAUAAAAAAUCCGGAAAUAGCUGGAUAUCUUCGCCAUUUGGAAGUCCAUGGAAGCCGAAGUGUAUCGGAUGGCCUGGAUGUUGAUUUCAAUACCCCGCCUGAUGAGCCUCGGGAGCUAGAGCUGGAUGAUCUUGAGAGAUUGAAGGCUGCCAUCGAGAGAGCUGGGUUCACAGAAGGAAAUGAGCCACAAAUCGUGCUGCACAUGCUGCUACAACGUCACGUGAGAAAUUUAUUGAACACCUCUCACUUUUGUCAUAUGGCCUUCAAACAGGCCCUUGCAGCGCUGCUGAUCGCUAUUUCGCCCCAGCUAGAGUCCCUUGCUUUAUUCCAUGUUGGAGAACCUAGUUCCGAGGCUGAAGAUCUCGCUCUCCUCACGAUGCUUCGCCGUGCAAACAAAAAUCCCGAUUCGAUUCCUUAUCUACAGCACCUCAGACAGAUCAUUUUCCUUCCUGACGACUGUUCAAGGGGUAAUGAUGGCUUUUAUUACAAUAUCGCUGAGGAUUAUCAUCAUCGACUGAACCUGGUGCGACGACUCCCAGCGCUGAAGUCCGUGUCCUUCUCUUUAGCCUCAUGGAACAAUGAGGCUGGCUUGCCUCCUCUGCCAAAAUCGGCAAAUUACAGCGAGAUCAGUUUUAGCCACUCAAAUUUGGCAGGAAAUGAGUCUGAGAUGUGCUACAUCAUUGAUUCCUCUAAGGCGCUGCGCAAGUUCACAUACACCAUCGGUGGGCGUGCGCAGCCAGAGGGAGGAAAGGAGCUUGAUCUUGAUGUUGAAGAUAAUGUCUCUUGGGCUGAAAUAUAUGGCAAUGAGGGUUUAGAGUCUACUGAGGGGAUUGAAAGGGACGAAGAUACAGAGUAUGAAGAAUUAUGGGAAGGAGAGAUGGAAGAGCUCGAUAUGAAUAUUGAAACGCCACCAGCAAACAUCUCCCUGGCGGAUUUCCCAAAUCUGAAAAGUCUGGGCCUCGGUGUUCAUACACUCUGUUUUCUGGCAAGGGGAAUAGGUCCAGAUCGGCUCGAUGCUAAGUCGUUCUCUCUUGUGCAUACCUUGCCAGCCUCGUUGCAAAGCAUACGGCUUUAUGGGAAGGGAGAAGACGGUGAUCCAACCUUGGACCUGGGAAAUCAUCAACCUGACCUGGAUGUCGAUACUCUUCUGGAAAAGCUGGUGGCUGAGAAGGAUGCGAGACUGCCGAUGCUGAAAACAAUCGAAGGCUUUGACCCUGUCAUUCCACGAGGAAAAGAGGUCCCAGAAUGCGCAGAUGAGGAUCAUCCACUUCUUUGGGAGCAGCCUAAAGGAUGGUUAGUUGACUAA